CGUUGCUCCCGGUGUGACGUAUUUUCCUGUGACGCGUAGAAAUUUUAAACUCUCGUCCUUCUCAGUGAUGGCGGCUUCGUUUCGUUCUCCUUCUACAAACUGUAAUAACAAAUGGUACUACACACGACAACAGAUUGACGACAGCCCAUCACGGCGUGCUGGACUAGAUCCCGAUAAGGAACUGUCCUACAGACAACAGGCGGCCAACCUGCUCCAGGACAUGGGACAGCGACUCAAUGUGUCCCAACUUACAAUUAAUACAGCUAUUGUGUACAUGCAUCGAUUCUACAUGGUCCAGUCUUUCACCAGAUUUCACAGAAAUGUUAUUGCUCCUGCCGCUCUCUUCCUCGCUGCAAAAGUUGAGGAGCAGCCCCGGAAGCUGGAGCAUGUUAUCAAGGUGGCCCAUGCAUGCCUCAAUCCUCAGGAGCCUUCACCAGAUGUGCGCAGUGAUGCCUACCUGCAACAAGCCCAAGACCUGGUCAUUCUUGAGAGCAUAAUACUCCAGACCUUGGCUUUUGAAAUCACUAUUGACCAUCCACACACUCAUGUUGUGAAGUGCACGCAGCUUGUCAGAGCGAGUAAGGAUCUGGCCCAAACGUCAUACUUUAUGGCUACCAACAGUCUCCACUUGACCACUUUCUGCCUGCAGUAUAGUCCACCAGUUGUGGCCUGCGUGUGCAUCCAUCUCGCCUGCAAAUGGUCCAACUGGGAAAUCCCUGUGUCUACAGACGGCAAACACUGGUGGGAGUAUGUUGAUCCCACAGUCACCCUCGAAUUGCUGGAUGAGCUCACACAUGAGUUCCUGCAGAUCCUGGAGAAAACACCUAGCCGGUUGAAACGGAUUCGCAACUGGAAGGCUGGAGGUCAAACACCAAAAGUCAAGCCAAAAGUCCAGGAGGAGGGUGACCAGAGGGACACUAUGAUGAGCAUGAUCUCUAUGGCCUCAUCAGAGAGCACUGUCGCAGGCCUGAUGAGCCUCUCAGCUCCGCCAUCUGCCUCUUCUUCUUCAUCCGUGGGUGAUAAGGAGAAGGGUGCAUCUGGCAGUGCUCAGACUUGGAGUGGAAAAAGCCAAGGAGGAUCUGAGCAGCAGCAGCCCAACCAUGAAGUCCACACCCCAGCUAAGGUAACGCUGAGUGAGUACCGUGCCAAGCAUGCAGAUGUCCUGGCUGCCCAGAAGAGGAAGCUUGAGAACAUGGAAGCUAGCGUGAAGAGGGACUAUGCCAACGCUGCCCAGGCUCUCAUUGGUCAGCAGCAAAGGAAAGAGAAGCAGCAGCAGCAACAGCAGCAUCACCAGCAGUCCAGCUCCUCUGACACGUCCAACCCUUCACCCAUUAUCCUGAAAAUCCCCCUGGAGAGGGAGAGGCAUGACAGGAGCACUCUAAAAAUGCGUUUCCCUGUAGCAGGGGGAGGAGGCAGUGGGCACAGCAGCAGUGGACGAGGUCAGGAUCAGGACAUCAAAGUCAGAAUACGAGUGCCUGAGAAGCAAAGAGGGAGUUCUGGAGAGGAGGGCAAGAGCAGGGACAAGCACAGGGAACGGUCUAACCACCACCAUCACCAUCACCACCACCACCACCAUUCUUCAUCUGGCGGUGCCUCGCUUUCUUCACAUAAACAUUCAUCCAGUUCCAGUGGGGCAUUAGGAAGCAGCAAAAAACUCCCCAGCGAUUCAUCUAGAACAGGUUCUUCAUCCUCCUCAGCCUCGCGUAAGAGGAUACACUCUCAAGAUCCCACAGCAGGCUCUCACCCUCCCUCCAAAGUCAGCAAGUCCUCUAGGAAUCCUUACCAGCUGCCAUCACUGUCUUCCUCCUCUGGGCAAACUGUGGGGCCCAGUCCCGACAUCCUCCCCACCAUUGGACUUCCCCACCACCAAGUGGGCUAUUCACACUCCAAAAGUGAUAAGACGGACACUAAUGGACACGGUGCAGCGGGUGGAGCCCAGUCGAACGAGUACCAGGACACUUUUGAAAUGCUGAACUCGCUUCUGAGCGCACAGGGUGUUCAGCCAUCCCAGCCGUCCAUGUUUGAAUACAGAUCCCAAUAUGGGGACUACCGCUACAGCGGUGGUUCCAGGGGCAACAACCCCAGGCCGCCACCCCUGCCUUCAGAACCCCCUCCGCCCCUGCCGCCAUUACCCAAAUGAGUUCCAGAUCAGGUGGUGGUAGUUGCGUUGUACGAGACUUCACAAACGUCCAUUUAAAGUAUUGUAUAGGAAGGCACCCAUCAAUUUUAAUGGGCUUCAGUGUGACACCAGAGAAAUGAGACAAGAGUUCUUUUUACAGUUGUGAGGCAAUAAUGAUAGGCUUCAAAAGCUUAUAAAAUAUGAGGACAAAAAUUUUUAACGUAUAGAGAACAUUUUUUUUCCUUAAAUGAAAUGUGAUGAUGGGACCCGAUUACUGUUUUAGAAGAAGUCAUUGUCUUGAAAUCGUGAGAAAUUACCACGUUUCCAUCACUUACCUGUUAGGUCUUCUUACCAGUUGUGUUUUUAUAAUGUUUUUAUUGGAUAUUAUUUAUUAAGUGAAUGCUUUAAAAAAAAAACGGUCCCUUUUCUACCUUUUUUAAACUUUCCCUUCUAUGUUCUUUUUGGGCAGAGGGAUGUUUCUUCAAGCCUGUACAGAGCAGAUUGAGAGUGCAUGUCUCCAAAGCCAUCUUUAUCAGUUUUUUUAAUAAACAGCCAUAACCUCAAGAAAAAUAUAUGACUGCUCCACCACUGAUGUUUAUCGAUUUGAUUUCUUGCAUUAUUUGGUAAACUUGUACACAGAUUAUAAAAUGUUUAAAACAAACAUGAAAUAUUUUUUAACACUUUACUAGAAAAAAAAUUACAAAAAGAAGUAAAAUAAGCUUGAUUUUGAGUGUUGCAGUCAUUGUUUUAAUGGUUUUAAAUUAUUCAUAUUUAGUUCUCUAAAGAUUACACUAACGGACAAUGUUCAUACUAAGGAUAUACAGCUGUGGUUUAUCAAAGGGCUCAAAGAGUGUAAACGUCUACCUGCUGUGGUCACAAUGAAGGAAUUGCCAACAAAAAAAAAAAAAAAAUCCCUCUAGAGAAGAUGUUUUUAUUUUGUCCUGUAACCGUCACUUGUCCAUGAGUUUCCCUACGAGGCAGCCUUUUAAGGUUAUACUUGCAUUGAAAGGUAGGCAUAAGCAGCGUUGGGAUAGGCAUCAUUUUCCAUGGCACUGGUGUUAAUCAAGUCACUCAAAGUUGCUGGAUAAAGCUGUUUUUCUGUUGGCACUCAAUUUGUGAUGGCCAUAUUGAGCACAGCAUACAAUACAAUACAAUACAGUAUUUGCAAUUUCAAAGACUAAUCAAAGGUCAUCUGUGGUCAUUUUUCAUUUAUGCAUUUCCUUUGUGGAUGUAAAUGUGGAAACUGAAGUGUAUGCCUGCCAGUUAAUGGUGGUCUGAUUUAAUCAUGUCAAGCUGUCUUUUGACUCCAUACCUUCAGACUAAAUGUUUAUAAUCAAUACAUGAGUCAUGAAAAAUGUUUGCGUGUUCUUUAAUUGUGUAAAAUUGUAGACGGGUUGUUGGCAUACCUCCACUACAGGGUCAUGAGAUUGAAGCGCAAUACUGUCUAAUCUGAAUUGUUUAAAUUUUGUUUUUGGCCAAAAUAGCUGAAGAAGUGCUGUUUGUUGGCAACAGAAUCUGGUAGCAUAUGUACAUUAACUGAUGGUAGGCUUUAUAUGGUUUGGAUUGUAUAGGGUUACUGCAUUUAACCUGCUUUCUCAUCAGUUUGUAAUGAAAAACUCUAUUUUAGGCAUCUCACAGUAAUGCAGUACAACAGAUCAGCCACACAACUGUAAAAAUAUGUUUGCUGUCUUGAUAGAUGGAAGAUAUGCUGAAAGAAAACAUCUGCUCAGGCAGCAGAUGUUUUAUGUGCUGUUCAACUCUUAGUUGUAACAGGGAAACAGUAAAUGCACUGAAUAUUUAUAUCUGUGGGUUUGCCUACACUGCAGUUGACAAAGUGUUACCAAUAUAAUUGUUAGACUAUUAGAAUAGAUGUACAAUUUAACAUUGCCAUUUUUGAAAAUGAUUUUUAUUUA